AUGGUUUUGGAGGAUUUUGAUAUGGAAGAAGAUAGCUUACCCGAUUUGGAGUUGAGUUAUCUACCUACUGAGUUGAUCAAUACAUCAACUUGUCCACCUGUGAUCAUUGCAAAUGAUCGACAGCUUCAGAAUUUUGUUGGUUUUGUUCAAAAGUGUUUUUCUACUCGAUUGUGUGUAACAUCUAAAGCCAAAGUUGAGAAUCUGAAUGAACCAGACUUUGAUCUUAACAAGUCGCCAGCUGAUUCAAGUACUGCUCAAGAGGAGGGAAACUCGGUUGAUAGGGGGAACGAACCAGCUCAUGUGUUUGUUGAGAGGCAGUGCGAGAAAAACAAAGAAAAGAUUAGCAGAGUCGAAGUUGAUGAGGAUGCCUAUCAUGCUGAUACCAUGAUCUCGGCCAAAGAGGACAUACAUAAGAUGUCAAAGUUUUCUGUGCUCAAUAUUGUUAAGAAGGGACAAUUGUUUGAGAACAAAACUUUGCUGAAAGCGACUUUCGAGAUAUGUGCAAUGAAGCAUAACUUUCACUACGAGGUUAUCAAAACGGAUAGACAGCUUUGGUAUGUUAGAUGUGAGGAUAAUGCAUGCAAUUGGUGUGUUCGAGCAGAGUGUUUGAAGGAUUCUGCAUAUUUCAUUAUCAAAAAGAUAAGCAAAACCAAAUCGGGUAGGACUGCUUCGGCCAAAACUAUAGGUAGUCUGAUUAUGCAUAGAUAUGAAGGGGUUAAGGAAGGGCCGAAAUGCAAUGAUAUAAUACAGAUUAUGCUUAUGGAUCAUGGCUGUGAGAUCACGAAAUCUUUAGCAUGGGAUGCUCGUGAAUAUGCGGUUAAUGCUGUUGGAGGUAUACCAGAGAGAAGUUAUGGAACAAUACCGAAAUACUUGCACAUGCUGAGAGAGGCUAAUCCGGGUACACAUUCAUCGUAUGAGAUUGACAGCAAAGGGAGAUUUCAGUACCUGUUUAUUGUAUUUGGGCAAUCGAUACGAGGAUUUAACAGAGUCAUAAGGAGGGUUAUUGUGGUUGAUGGCACUUUUCUGAAGAACAAAUACAAAGGAGUUCUAUUGGUUGCAACUGCUGUAGAUGGAAAUUCUAAUUUACAUGCAGCCAUUGCUAAGGCACUUGAGACUGUGUAUCCAACAGCUAAACAUGGUAUUUGCAUUCAUCAUUUGUUGAAUAAUGUGGUAACAUAUUACCAUGGGAAAGGACUUGUUGGGUUGGUUGCAAAGGCGUCCAAGGUUUAUAGAGUUGCUGAGUUUGAAAAGAUAUUUGCUAAUGUGUGUAAUAUCAGUCCGGCAAUUGGAAAAUACCUAAGGGAUGCUGAAGUCCAAAAGUGGGCAAGAUGUCAAUUCUCUGGAUAUAGAUAUGACAUAAGGACAACAAACCCUGCCGAAUCCAUCAACUCUGCUUUGCGUUCGCCGAGAGAGUAUCCAAUCAUUCCCUUGUUGGACAGUAUCAGAGAAAUGCUGACUCGGUGGUUUUAUAACCGUAAGAAAAAGGUUUCAAAACAUAAUCAUCCUCCUACCAUAGAUGUGGAGAAAAAGAUUGAAAGGAGAACCGAGAAAGGCAAAAGAUUUGCGGUUUACCCUGUCAGCGAUGGUCGAUUGCUUGUUAGAGGUGAUAAAUCGACUGCUUAG